CCUGCCAGCCGCUCGCCGACGGUCCAGCGGCAUCAUGCUGCCCGGCUGCCUGCUCUGUCUGCUCGGGGGCUGCCUGCUCGGGCACUGGGCGUCUGGCAGCGACUUGAACUGCCCCCCAAAGGAGUAUCCGCACGAUGGCAGGUGCUGCAGCCGCUGUGCGCCAGGACUCAAGGUGCGGUCUGACUGCACUGCCUCACGGAACACUGGGUGCGAGCAGUGCGAGGCGAGACACUUCCAGUCCAGCUGGACCAAGGAGAGACACUGCACCCCCCACAGAUCUUGCGAUCACACCGACAACUUUUCAGACACAGUCUGUGUGCCGUGUGAACAUGGCAGCUUCUCCAACAUCUCCUCCACCUCCGAGCCGUGCCGCCCCUGGACAAGCUGCGAGACACUGGGGCUGGUGCAGAAGGUGCCUGGGACAAACCGCUUGGAUGUGGCUUGUGAGCCUGGCCACGGCCACGGCCGCGGCCGCUUCCCAGUGCUGAUCUCUGUUAUGGCCAUUAUUGCAGCCUCUCUCGUGGGGCUCAUUCUCUUCUGCCUGUAUCAGAAAGGUCUCCAGCAGCACAGACUGAAGCAGGGCCCGGAGCGGCUGGAUCCCGUGGAGCCCCAGCCGCCAGCCGUGGUGAUGUGCAUGGAGCAUGACGAGCGCCAAGACUUCCCUGUCCAGGAGACCCUGCUGGGGCGCCAGCCCGUAGCACAGGAGGACGGCAAGGAGAGCCGCAUCUCGGAGCAGGAGAGGCUGUGAGGCCCUGUCGUAGGGAGCAUCUGCCUCGCCCAGCACUCACAGCCAGGGCUGGCCUCCUCUGCCUGGCACACAGCAGGGCCCAGCCCAGGGGGCUGUGCCAUGGGGUAACCCAGCGCCCUCCUCCCCUCCCUGGCUCAGCCCCGGGCAGGGGGCAGUGAGACGGGGCCUAGCACAGCCAGGAGCAGAGCAUUCAGGGGCGUGUACAGAGAGCGGGGUGGAGCAGUGGCUCUCACCCUUGCUCAACUCCUGUACCCUUCAGGGGACUGAUUUGUCUUGUGUACGCCCGAGUUUCACCUCACAUAAAAAUGACUUGCUUGCAAAAAUCAGACAUAGAAACCCAAAAGUGUCACAGCGCACUCGUACUGCACAACGGCUGACUUUCUCAUGGUGACCAUAUCGUUCUAAAAUAAAGCGAUUGGGAUAUGAAUAUUGUACUUACAUUUCAGUGUAUAUAAAUAGAGCUGUAAU